CGAUGCAGGCCAAGAUAUAGAAAUGCUUUGUGUCUCAGUUAGAAAGAACUGUUUGAUUCCUUUCAAAGAGUUAUUGGCUAAGUUGAAUUCCUGUUCCUCCGAUGUACCUCCAGUCAGGUCCAUAAUUUCAGAUAUCAGCUUCGCCAUAAAAGCUGGCAAAGAUGUGGGAAUUCCAAAUGUUAAAUUUUGGGCAGCUUCUGCUUGUUCUUUUAUGGGAUGCUUGCAUUACCGUGAACUUAUCAAGAGAGGCAUUUGUCCAUUUAAAGAUGAAAACUACCUUACCGAUGGCACUCUUGAUUCACCUAUUGAUUGGAUUCCUGGCAUGAGAGACAUACGAUUGAAAGACCUUCCAAGCUUCAUUAGAACCACCGACCCCAAUGACAUCUCAUUCGAAUUCAUGGGAGAGGAAGCACAAGAUUGUCUAAAUGCUUCUGCCAUAAUUUUCAACACUUUCGAUGCACUUGAACAUGAAGUGUUGGAGGCAUUCACUUCCAAGUUCAAUUAUCGUAACAUUUACACACUAGGGCCUUUCCCCUUGUUAGGCAGGCAUGUGCCUGAGAACCAAGCCAAGUCACUUAAUUCAAGUUUAUGGAAGCCAGAUUCUCAAUGUCUUGAAUGGCUGAACCAAAGAGAGCGACAAUCAGUUGUGUACGUGAACUAUGGAAGUUUGGCAACUAUAACUCACCAACAUUUCAAAGAAUUUGCAUGGGGACUUGCAAAUAGCAAGCAACCAUUUUUAUGGAUCAUUCGGCCUGAUUUUGUAGUGGGGGGGUCAGCCAUGUUGCCUGAAGCAUUUCUUGAGGAGAUCAAGGAUAGAGGAUUCAUUGCUAGUUGGUGUGCUCAAGAUGAAGUGCUAACACACCCAGCUGUUGGUGCCUUUUUCACCCAUUGUGGAUGGAAUUCUAUAAUGGAAAGCAUCUGUGGAGGUGUCCCUUUGAUCUGCUGCCCAGCUUUUGGUGACCAACAAACUAACUGUCGAUACUUGUGCACUGAAUGGGAGAUCGGAAUUGAGAUCAAUCACGAUGUGAAGCGUGACGAAGUCCAAUCACUGGUUAGAGAAAUGAUGGAAGGGGAGAAAGGGAAGAAAAUGAGGAGCAAUGCUCGGGAGUGGAAGAAGAAAGCAGAAGAAGCUACUAAUGUUGGGGGAUCAUCCUAUAGCAAUUUUGACAAAUUCAUCAAGGAGAAUCUUCACCAUGAAGAGAAGUAACAGACAAUGCAG